GAACCAGCCUCAUAUCAUAUCCUACCUACCUACCAACCCCAAAACUUGAAACUCCGAAAAUGAUGUCCAUAGCCUCCCUCUGUGGAAGCCAUGGAGUUUGAAGGUUAGUCCCAAAAAAAUUAGGUACGGUCGUGGGAAGAACGAGAAAGAAAGUUGAACCCCCGCCAUCAAACUUAUUACACAUUCAUUUCUCACCAAACCCACAAAAACCAGAAAUUGAAGAGAGUGAAGAUUGAAAGAAAGAGCUUCAGUUCAAUCCCCAAAACCGAUCAUCUUCUUCCUCAAGAAACUACUGAAAAUGGAUUCCAAGAACCAAACCCUAGAGGACCCAGAAUCCCAAACACCAUUAGAGGGCCAAAACCAGCUUGUUCCCACUGUACCCUUUGCUUCAAUCUCUGUUUCUCUCUCUACAAUCCUCCCUACCCACUUCCUCCUUCCUCCCAAAAUCUCUCCUUUUCUUGCCACUCAUCCCAACAAGGUUAAAAUCCCCUCUCAAAUCUCGUCUCUCUCUCACCUCUCUAUCUCCUCUUCUCUCUCCCCUCCAAAACCAUUCUUCAAAUCCACCAUCUCCUCAAACCCUCUCCAAAACCCUCUUUCUCUAAACCCUCGCCGCCCUUCCGAUCCUUCCAACGCCGCCGGAAUUCGCCGAGCCUCCGUCGUUUGGUUCCGAAACGAUCUUCGAGUUCACGACAAUGAGUGCCUCAAUUCAGCCAACAAUGAGUCCAUGUCUGUCCUUCCCGUUUACUGCUUCGACCCCAGAGAUUAUGGGAAAUCAUCAUCUGGGUUCGAUAAAACUGGGCCUUACCGCGCCUCGUUCUUGAUUGAAUCGGUUUCAGACCUUAGGAAGAACCUUCAGGCAAGAGGGUCUGAUCUUGUGGUGAGAAUUGGGAAGCCUGAGAUGGUUUUAGUGGAAUUGGCGAAGGCGAUUGGGGCCGAGGCAGUGUAUGUAAACAGAGAAGUUUCGAAUGAGGAGGUUAAGGCGGAGGAGAAGAUUGAGGCGGCAAUGAGGGAUGAAGGGGUAGAAGUGAAGUACUUCUGGGGAAGUACUUUGUUUCAUGUUGAUGAUUUGCCAUUUAAAUUGGACGAAAUGCCGACGAAUUAUGGUGGGUUUAGGGAGAAAGUUCAGGGAUUGGAAAUUAGGAAGACGAUGGCAGCGUUGGAUCAAUUGAAGGGGUUACCGUCUGGGGGAGACGUGGAAGCGGGGGAGAUUCCAUCUUUGGUUGAAUUGGGUCUCAACCCAAAUGCAACAUUGGGUCAGG